AGGGUCCAACCGGGUCUAUGUCAGGAAAUGAAAACAAGUGUUCCAAAACUAUUGCAAAAAAUUUGCUUUUCUUUGCAGUCCUGCUCAUCGAGUUCCUGGUUAUUAUCCCAACUGUAGUGUUCACGUUUUUAAAUGUUUUUGAAUAUGAUGAAACCCGCUACAAAACAUAUCAUCCUGAACUAUCUGGUAUUGUUGGCUUUCAUUUCUUGUUGCCAAUUUUUGUAUAUCAGAUCCUCUGGCUUCUUUCAAACAUUGGGUCAGCUGUGACAGUGCAUACCAACACUCCUUACAUUUUCUUUUUUACAUUAUUAGUUCCGAUUUUUGGGCUCAUAGUGAGCAUUGUAAUUCUUGUGCCAUCAGUUGAGCAUGUCAUAACUCAAAAUUUCGAUGUGAACGGGUAUUUUAUGGGAUUUGUAUGCACACUUUUCGUAUUUGUUAUUGCUAUGAUUCUGUUCACGAUCUCUCGAUUUGCAACACUUCGGAAGUUGAUGAAGAAAAAUGUUGUACAAAACACAGCUGAAAAAUCGGCAGAAGAUCCUCAACAAGAACAUUGUGCUCCUGCACUAAAGCGUAUGAAAGAUCCCGAUGAAAUCAGCACCACGUUCAGUCGUCGGUCGACAAUGAGUAUGAACGACGAGCUUUAUAUUCCACCACCUCGUAUUUAAGUUACUAUAUUAUUCAUUUUUGCAAUUUUGAUCUCUUAAAACCAAUCAACCAUCCCUCUGUUAACAGGUUUCUAAAUAAUUAUUUGACUGUUUUAAAAAUGACUGGAAUACGCUUUAAAUUAAAUUCCGUUGUGUUUUAAUUUGACAUAUUACAGCUUUCAAAUGAAAUGAAUUCAUUUUUUUCCUU